CUAUAGUUGAGCAAACUCUCCCAACCUGAAGUCUGCUGUUUUGUGUCAUUAAUAUUCGGUUAACUACGUUAGGAGAUAUCAAGACGUCAGUUCCAGCUAAGAAAUUGAGGCUUGCUGUAGAGGCAGUAAGAAGCUCUUGUCACACAGACAACAUGGCUUCUGAGAUAGAUGACUCUUUAUACAGUCGACAGCGCUAUGUGCUGGGUGAUAAUGCCAUGCUGCGUAUGGCAAGGGCAAGUGUGCUGGUAUAUGGAAUGGGAGGUGUAGGAAUAGAAAUUGCCAAAAAUCUGGUGCUUGCUGGAAUAAAGUCGGUGACUAUUCAAGAUGCCAAAUUAUCCACACACUGGGACAUGGGAACAAAUUUCUUUAUAACAGAACAGGAUGUCAAUACGGGCAGGAAUAGAGCAGAUGUAUGUUCCUCAAAACUAGCAGAGCUGAAUCCUUAUGUCACUGUCCAAAGCCUGCUCAUUCCUCUUAAUGAGACCACUGACCUGACCUACAUGAAGAACUUUCAGUGUGUCAUACUGACAGAGACACCCUUGAAUAUACAGAUUAAAGUAGAUGAAUAUUGCAGAGAACAAGUCCCACCCAUAAAGUUUAUCUGUGCGGAUGUCUAUGGUGUUUUCUCAUCAUUAUUCUGUGACUUUGGUGACCAGUUUGAGGUGACUGAUGUAAAUGGGGAAGAAGCAAAGGAGUCUUUCAUUGCCAACAUCACUAAGGGAAACCCAGGAGUGGUGACUUGUCUUGAAAAUAGAAUGCAUGGGUUUGAUGAAGGAGAUACUGUCACUUUCAAAGAGUUGAAAGGAAUGGAAGCACUCAAUGGCAAAACUUGCCAGAUCAAAGUUUUGUCUCCCUAUGCCUACACUAUCUGUGAUACUAGUGGUGAGGAGUUUGCUCCAUACGAGAGAGAUGGGCUUGCUGUACAAGUCAAAGUUCCAAAAGUUGUGUCCUUUGGAUCUCUGGAAAAGAAGCUGAAAAGCCCAAAUUGUAUUGUGCCAGAUCUUUGUAAAUAUGAGGCACCAUCCAGUAUUCACUUAGGAUUGCUGGCACUGCACAAGUUCAGAGAACAGCAGUCAAGACUUCCAAAUAUUAGGUGCAGAAAGGAUGCUGAAGUCUUAGUACAGCUAGCCAGGGAACAAAAUUCUCAAAUGGAAGACCAGGUUAAUCUAGAUGAACAGCUUGUUUCUAACCUAUCCUUCACCUGUCAAGGCUGUCUGGCACCAUUGUGCACAGCUCUGGGAGGUAUAGCAGCACAGGAAGGACUGAAGGCUUUAACUGGAAAGUUCUCUCCAUUGAUGCAGUGGCUUUAUUUAGAUGCCUCUGAAGUUCUUAGUGGUUUAGAAAACAAGGACAUUUCACAUUUUCACCCAAGCAACUCAAGAUAUGAUUCUCUGAGGGCUUGUGUAGGAGAGGAUGUCUGCCAGCAGUUAGCACAAUUAAAAUUAUUCAUGGUUGGCUGUGGUGCUAUAGGAUGUGAAAUGAUGAAGAAUUAUGCCAUGUUGGGGAUAGGUACUCAUAACAAUGGACAGAUAACAAUAACAGACAAUGAUUUGAUAGAGAAAUCCAAUUUGAAUAGGCAGUUCCUAUUUAGACCACAUCAUAUACAGAAACCUAAGAGUAGCACUGCAGCUGAGGUAGCAAAAGCAAUGAAUCCUGAACUCCAUAUUGAAGCACAUCAACACAAAGUGUGUCCCCAGACUGAGAACAGUGUGUACAAUGACAGUUUCUUUAUAUCCCAGCACCUGGUUGUCAAUGCACUGGACAAUGUAGAGGCCAGGAGAUAUGUAGACAGCCGAUGUGUGUCUAAUCAGAGGGCCUUGUUGGAGUCGGGAACUAUGGGUGCCAAGGGACAUGUUCAGGUGAUAGUGCCACAUUUAACAGAGUCCUAUGCUAGUCAGCGUGAUCCUGUGGAUGAGGAAGUGCCCUAUUGUAUGCUCAAGUCGUUCCCAGCAACAAUUGAACAUUGUAUUCAGUGGGCAAGAGACAAGUUUGAGAGCCAAUUCACACAAAAGCCAAAUUUGUUCAACAAGUUCUGGUCAAGUCAUAAAUCUGCAGAACAAGUUAUACAGUCACUAAACAAUGGUGAGGCUAUAGAUGGGGCAGUGCAAGUUUCUAAAAUGGUUCUUAAUAGACCCAGAGACUGGAAGCACUGUGUAGAGAUAGCAAGGGUCAAGUUUGAAAAGCUGUUUAAUCAUAAGGCAAAACAGCUUGUUCAUUCUUUUCCGCUUGAUACCAAACUACAGGAUGGAUCUCUGUUCUGGCAGUCGCCUAAGAGACCACCAAGUCCCGUUGUUUUCAAUAAAGAAGAUCCAUUGCACAUGCUGUUCAUCACAACCACAGCCAGACUUUUAGCAGAGACUCACGGCAUUCCUGUUACAAAAGAAGUCAUGUCAUCAGAUGUAAUAUGCUCUGUGUUUGAGAAAGCCAGUGUUCCAGAAUUUAGACCAUCUUCAAAGACCAUAAUAACUGAUGAAACAGUAAAGAAACCAGUUGAAGAAGACCAGGUCACUGGGGAUGACUUGAAGGACACUGCUGUUAGAAUGCAGAUUGCAAUGAGACAGGAUGCUGGAGACAAGGUGUUUUCAUCAUUGUUCCCAGCAGUAUUUGAGAAGGAUGAUGAUAGUAAUGGACACAUAGAUUUUAUUACUGCUGCUUCAAAUCUGAGAGCAUUGAUGUAUUCUAUAGAACAGGCAGAUCGCCUCAAAAUUAAGAGAAUUGCAGGAAAAAUUGUCCCAGCUAUUGCCACGACAACAGCUGCUGUAGCUGGACUGGCAACAAUAGAAUUGAUUAAGAUCGUAAAAGAAUGCCAGUUAGAGCAGUACAAGAACUGCUUUCUGAAUUUGGCACUGCCUGUCAUGGUGCUAUCUGAGCCAGGAGCUGCAGAAAAGACUGUUUUAAGUCAGUUUUAUAAACUUCACGCUCCUUCUUGCUCCUUUGCUCCUAACAAUCUGAGAGCAUUGAUGUAUUCUAUAGAACAGGCAGAUCGCCUCAAAAUUAAGAGAAUUGCAGGAAAAAUUGUCCCAGCUAUUGCCACGACAACAGCUGCUGUAGCUGGACUGGCAACAAUAGAAUUGAUUAAGAUCGUAAAAGAAUGCCAGUUAGAGCAGUACAAGAACUGCUUUUUGAAUUUGGCACUGCCUGUCAUGGUGCUAUCUGAGCCAGGAGCUGCAGAAAAGACUGUUUUAAGGAAGGGACUAACAUGUACUAUUUGGGACAAGUGGGAGGUACAUGGCAAUAGUGCAUUCACAUUGCAACAGUUUCUUAAUCAUUUUAAGGAAAAGCAUGGUUUUGAUGCCACAAUGGUAGUGUAUGGUGUGAAGAUGAUCUAUGUACCUGUGAUGCCAGGGCACAAAAAGAGACUGCCACAAACAAUGCAGAAACUUAUCAACCCCUCCCCAGACAAGCAGUAUGUGGACCUAGUGGUGUCAUUUGAGGGAGAUGAUGGGGAAGAUAUCCCAGGACCUCCAGUGAGAUACUUUUUUUGACAGCUAAAUGCAACAUAGAGAUAGAUGUCCUUGGAUCUUCAGAUACUACUUCAGCAGUGAAAUAACAGACAAAGGAGAUUUACCAGCAUUUCAUAGUGAUCAGGUCCAUGUGAUGGAUAACACUAUAUUAUAUAAGAGCAGUCUUUUAUUUUUAAUGUCAGACACUGAAUAAAGGGUUUAUUGUUCAACAACAGAUCAUGUUGAAGAAAAACAUGUCACAUUCGUACAUGUACUUGUAAUUGAAAGUGUGGCUGUCAUAGAGCCAUUGGAGAUAAGAGUACCCAAGACUAGCCAUGAAAAGUUAUUUACUACCAGGAUAUGUUCAUCUUAGCCUGUAGAUCGAACCAGGGGAGCUGGCUUAAUGGACACCAUCUGAGAUAGCCUGAAGACCCACCACUUAGCUUAAAAUCAAGAGGGAUGUAGCAGGAUUUAGAAAAGAAAGUGGGACCAGAAAUAAUUACAGACUAGCAAGUGUGGUAACAAGCUGCCAGAAUUAAUCUAUUACCCAAUGGCUCAUUGGGCACAUGAAACAAAACUUAUUUCCAGGUUCUUCUUGAGGACACUGGCUGGGAGCCCAUAAAUGAGCUUGUCAGUAUCAUGGAGGACCAUAGGGUCUGGAAGACUAUUUAUGCUAUCACCUAUGAUGAUGAUGAUCAUUAUACAAUAGUUCAAAUUCACCAUGCUUUGCAUGUGUCCCCUAUGAUUUGCUUUCUAAGACAGCAUUCUGGAAUGUCUCCUCUGUACCUGCCUGUCAAAAGUUGUACCAGUAUAUUACUGUUUAUUCAAAAGACCACGAAAAGGUCAUGAAUGAAGCUGUAAACAGUUCAAAAAAUUAAUGGUUGGAUUAUUUCAUUAUCCUGUGAGUAAAUUAAAAGUUUCUUGAACUACAUGAAAAUGAAGAGCUUUUGUGUAAUUUGCUAUCACGGUAGUGAAGAUAGUGCACCAGUAUUUUUGCUUAGGCCAAUGGAAAAAAAGUUGAUUUAUGAAAAUUUCAACAGUAUUAGUCGAAGAAGCCAUUAAGUUUUUAUAUAAAAUAUGGAGCUGAUAUGCUGGUCCUAUGAACAAUAAUAUAUUUUGAAGUAAAACUAAGGACACCUGUUACCUGUAUGAACAUAAAGCAGAAGGAUCUGAAUAUCUUGCUGACUUGUUUGGACUAAAGAUUUUAAGGACAGAAAAAUAAACAUUUGGUUUGCUAUACAAAUCUU